AUGGACGAGCGUGCGAGCAACACCGCUCGCUUCUACCACAGCGAGUACGAUAAGGCGUACAAGAUGUUCCUUGACGGCGAAAAGGAGGCGUCCGACGAUGCAUGCUGCGAGCUUAUCUCCGAUUUCCAAUGUCCCCGACUCCUCCAGAUCCAAGCAUGGCAAUUGAGAUCUGUCUGCACCGAGGAUUACUGGCUGGCUCGAAGUCAUCUCAUCAAUGGCCUCGACUUGAUCGCAAGCCUGCAGGAUGAUGAGGAGCCCCUGGUGAAACAGACCAAGGAGCACACGACUCGCAUGCUUGAACAGCGGGAUGCCGAGUGGAAGGCAUACUGGGCGGAGACGGGUCAAGAUGCCCCGAAGGAGCAGCGUAUGGAGGAUACGUACGUCGUAUCUGGAAGUCGGGAAGAGCACGAGAUGGGAGAGUCGAGUCCCCAAGGAGAUAGAGAUGAGGCUGCCAUUGAGAAGCAGCGGGAGCGUCCGGGCCGUUUGGAAUUGGGAGAGAAGGAUGGCGAGAUCGGUGGAGUCGAGGUCGAGUCGGGAGCUACGGCGAUGAAGACGACGUCCCAGAUGGGCGGAGAGGAUGAGGAUGGGAUGGCACAGUGA